AUGCCAGGAGAUGCUUUUGUGAUAUCUUCGAAUUCGAGAUCAAAACUAAAUGCAUUUCGAUAUGUUCCGACUGCACGACAGCAACCUGAAAACAUGCCAACUUCGCUCGAGCGUAGCCGUGAUGACUCCAUCGUGCUACCCGUGGACAAGGAAAACCAGGAGGUAAAAACCCAAGCAGGAGAUAGAGGAUUGCCAGUACCCAUUACGCAACCGAAUGGGAUGAAGCAUCAAGAUUCUCAGCCAGAAAAAGCUCUUCCUCAAACUCCAGUACACAGAAUCCCACUCGCCGACCUGAUCAGCAAUACGGAGGAAGCUUUCAGCAGGGCUCCUGGAAAGGUCAUUACCCCCGAAGACCAUGUAUUUUGGAAACAUGAGCCAUGCAGCAUGGAUUAUAGGGAUUCCUCAAGAUCACCAAGCACAAGAGGACAAAAGCGUCAUCGAAGCGCAUCACCAACCAGCUCCCCUCUCGGACGGGAUUUGAAGAACAGCAAAACGAGCCCACUGCCACCUCAAAAGCUUUUGAAAACGCCCCAACAUGACAUUGCUGCCGACCUUUGGAGUAAAUAUAUCGGAAAGAGCACUGGGAAACCUGAUGGCGAUGAUCCACAAUCUCAAUUCUCUCAUCUCAUUUCAUCAUCACCGCAAACCCCUGCGCCUGGCCAAUUAGGCAAAGACUCGCCCGCACUCCGUAGAUCAAUCAGUUGCAAUGUAUACUGGCCAACUUCCAAUACGAAGAGAAGGGGAGUUGACAAUGAACAGCAGGCUGUAAACAGAGUUCGAAACAUAUUUGCUGGAUCGCGAAGCUCUCUUCUGGGUCCAGGAACUUCAAAGACAUCUAAAAUCAACCUCUUGGUGGGGAAAAUUCAGGAAACCCUUUUGAAUUUGCCAAGGGAGGACAUCACAGGUCCUUCUAGCUCCACUCCUUUGCCAGAGAGGUCUGGCAAUAUGGCAGAACUCCCAAGACCACCAUCAAAGCCAGCAAGCAUAAAUGAAAACAACCCAAUGAAUACACCGUGCAGGAGCUCAAGGAGAGUGAUUCCCAAAGAUGCUGUUGACAACAAAGAUGUCGAUACCAACCAAGACUUGUCUGUCAUGUCCGAGUUUGAUGAUGAUGAUUUAGAUGAUGACUUUCUAGAGUUUGCUGGGACUGCGGAUAACCAAAAUACGACGGCUCAUCCGGAGGUUGAAGUUCUCCACAACACCCAACAGUCUCAAAAGCCCACGCAAGUCAUGCCUACGAUGGUUGCCGCCCAUGACUGUCCCGAUACCAAUUUUCGACAGAAACAUCAUACACAACUAAUUUCACACAUUUCACCUUCCAAUAACAAUCCCAAUGAAGUUAAUGAAUUUUACGAUAGCGAUGACGAGUUUCCUGACGGAAUGGAAGAAGUCCUAGCACAAUACGAUAUAAAAGAGUUUCCAGAUUCUGAGAAACAGCAAAACAGGUCUCUAGAGGGACGCUUGGCGCCAGACACAGAAGAAGCCGCAGCAGCGUGUAAGGGUGAAAGCAAUACCACUUCAGUGGAUGGCGGUGUGUCUCUUUCUGGUGAUGAAUUUGAUGAGGACAUUGACUUGGAGUCCAUUGAAAGUGCAAUGAAAAAGACUGCCAGUACGGGUUUUGCAAGUCAAAACGGUAAAUGUUCACAGCCUAUUAAACGGUAUCUUAUUCUUGAUUUGGCGGAGAAUACAUAUUUGAAUUGCAAAGGACAAUCGAGGCCCCAAAAAGUAUUGUUUGUCGAGGAGGAGAAAACGAAAAUCAAUCGAGCUAUCACUCUACGGGAGUCCUGGUUUGACACUCCUUGCACAAAAGGAUCGUAUAUUCACCUCAUCGGAAGCUUUGAUCCUACCGGACAAUGUGUAGUGAAUAACUCCGAUAAUAUUAUAAUUCUUCACCCGGAUCAUCUGCUCUCCGCCACAGUGGUUGCGGACUCGUUUACAUGUCAGCGCCGUGCUGUUCUACAGGACCGCGUGAAAGCCACCAGUGAAGCCAACAAGCCUCAAGUAUACGGUCAUAUUCUUCACGAAAUAUUCCAAGCCGCCAUGACCGCGAAUCGCUGGGAUCUACCGUGGUUGCGUGAAAUCAUAUCGCGGACAUUGGAACGCUAUGUGGAGAGUUUGUAUGAAAUCCGAGUCGAUUUCCCUGAAGCCAUCGAGUACCUAAUGAGCAAAAUGCCCUCCUUAAGAUCGUGGGCAGAUAUGUUCGUUCGCUCACGCCCUACAACCGAAUCGAUCAUGGAAGACAGGAACGGCACCAGCUCGCGUAUCAGUAUCAACAAGCUUCUGGAAGUUGAGGAACAUAUCUGGUCUCCAAUGUAUGGCUUGAAGGGCAACAUAGAUGCAACUGUACAGGUGGUUGUCCAGGAAGGAACAGAGCAAAAGACUCUUACUGUCCCACUCGAGGUGAAAACGGGGCGAAACAACACCAACGAGGCUCACAGGGCACAAACAGCGUUAUACACUCUACUACUUUCCGAUCGAUACGAUAUCGAUGUGACUUUUGGAAUACUUUAUUAUCUCGAAGUAACCAAGACUUCCCGAGUUCGAGCUAUCCGAACUGAAAUUCGACAAAUGAUUCAGCAACGCAACCGGCUCUCUGAGUUUGUAUGUCAAACAUCAAAACUGCCUCCGAUGCUUAAAAAACCACGGAUAUGCAACCAGUGUUAUGCCAAAAAUGCGUGUUUCACCUACCACAAAAUUAUGGAUAACGGAGAUGGAGAGACUAGCGAGUUGGGAAACAGCUUCCUUGAAGUUGUUGGGCAUCUUACUCCGUCCCACCAAGUCUUUUUUAAGAAAUGGGAUGCCCUUUUAACCAUGGAAGAGAGAGAUAUAAUGAAAUUCCGGCGAGAAUUAUGGACCAUGUUAAGCAGUGAACGUGAAGCCGUUGGCCGCUGCUUUGGCAACAUUAUGGUCGAGCCGGGGUCCGCUUAUGAAGAAACCGAUGCGCCAAAAAUCAACCGCUUCAGGUAUACAUUUUUCAAACACCAGCCGCCUGCGAACUUCUCUUUCGGGGACUCGCAACUCAGUGUCGGGGACCCUAUUGUCGUUUCUGAUGAAAAAGGACAUUUCGCACUCGCCGGCGGUUACGUCACGCAUAUUAGCCGCAAACGAAUUUCAGUCACGCUUGACCGGAGGCUCCAUAAUGCCCGAACAAGACGUUCCAAUUUCGAUGCAGACCGACAUCAAGCUUUUAUAGGAAUUAUGGAGAUUGUUGAAACUGGUGGACGUGAAUCGACAAUAUCUCCUGAAAAAGCUGAGGAUAAAAACAUGUAUCGGCUAGACAAGGACGAAUUCAGCAGUGGCAUGGCCACUGUUCGAAAUAAUCUUGUUUGCAUGAUGGAUAAUACUAUGCUCCAAGCUAAGCGGCUUAGAGAUGUGAUCAUCGAUGGCCGUGCACCUUCUUUCAAGCCCACUUCUUCGUCGACCAUAUCAAGUCUUGCUAACGCGGAGCUCAAUGUUGAUCAAAAACAAGCCAUCAACAAAGUGAUGAGCGCAAACGAUUAUGCCUUAGUGUUAGGAAUGCCAGGGACAGGAAAAACAACCACUAUAGCCCACAUUAUCCGGGCUCUUGUUUCCCAAGGGAAAAGCGUUCUUCUAACCUCAUAUACCCAUACAGCUGUUGAUAAUAUUUUGUUGAAGAUAAAGGAUGAUAAUAUCCGCACUCUGAGGCUUGGUGCUACGACAAAAAUCCACCCGGAUGUUCAAAAGUUUGCUGACUUGGCGGCCACCCCCAAGAAGACAAUUGAGGAAUUAAGAGACAUAUACGAAAAUUCCCUAGUUGUGGCAACCACUUGCUUGGGAAUUAACCAUCCUAUCUUUAACAAUCGCACUUUCGACUACUGUAUUGUCGAUGAGGCGUCUCAAAUUACUCUUCCAGUUUGCUUGGGCCCCAUUCGUAUGGCGAAAGCAUUUAUCCUCGUCGGGGACCAUUACCAGUUGCCGCCACUCGUUCAGGAUAAGGAAGCACAAGAAGGCGGAUUAGAUGUGAGCUUGUUCAAGCUUCUCUGUGACUUGCAGCCAGCAUCUGUCGUCAACUUGGAACACCAAUAUCGGAUGUGCGAAGAUAUAAUGCUCCUUUCCAACACCCUCAUCUAUUCCGGACAUCUCAAGUGUGGCACCCCAGCAGUUGCGUCAAGUUACCUCAAAAUCCUCAACCUCAGUGGCUUAAAGCAACACCAUGUAAAUUCAUCGUCUUUACCCUCAAAUAUCCGAUCCCCGUGUCUAGGCUCCCGCUAUGGACAUUGUUGGAUCCGCGAUUUGCUCGAUCCUGUCGCAAAAGCGCGUCUUGUUAACACCGAUUUCCUCGUACCUCAGGCCAAAGAGUCCUCAAAAGGAUCCCGCAUCGUCAACUCUAUCGAAGCCACUCUUUGCGCACAACUGGUCAACUCUUUCAUUUCCGUUGGCAUAUCCGCCCGAGAUAUCGGUGUCAUCACUCUUUACCGAAGUCAACUAGCCCUCCUGAAACAAAACCUCCGCCACUAUCUGCCUGAUCUGGAAAUGCACACGGCAGAUCGGUUCCAGGGACGCGAUAAAGAAAUUAUCAUUAUGAGUUGCGUCCGCAGCAACUCCGAGCGGAAUGUAGGGGAGCUGUUUCGUGACUGGAGACGUGUUAACGUUGCCUUCACUCGCGCAAAAACCAAGCUUCUUAUUAUUGGGAGCAAGGAUACACUCCGUGAUGGCAAUGAGUUGCUGGGAAAAUUCGUCGAGCUUAUGGAUGGGAAGGGAUGGACGUAUGAUUUGCCUCCGGCGGCUGUGGAAAGCCAUGUGUUUGAAAGUUUUGACAAUGGGCCAACGCAGUUGAGUCCAAUGAAAGGGACGAAUAAAGCACCAUUGCCGCCGUCGAUAAGCAACAAGUUGAAGAGGAGCCCGAUAAAGAAAAGUCCGCGAAAGAGGAUCUCCACUAAUGAACAGAGUCCCUUGAAAGGUAAACAGCGAGUUGCGCUAAGUCCAAUCAAACAUGAGCAGGCACCUAUUGGCUUUAAGAGGCCACAAAAAAUGGGUUGGAAAGCACUGGAUGGCGCCAAGAUUGUGGCGACAAGACCAGUUCUGAGAGACGUGCUGAAUGAUUUGAAUUAG